UGGGACCCAUUAUUAUUGUUGUUGUUUUUUUCAAGUGCUGGGAGUUGAGGAAUGUUAAUGGUGCCAUAGCAAGCGUUGAAUACAUUAUGUUUCAAUUGUUCUCUGAUAUCUAGCAUAGGGUGUGUGGUAACAGGAUCUAAUAUGAAGAAAAGGAAAUUGGAAAGGUCCUAAGCCAAUUCCCUGAAGAUCGCAUCACAGGAACUGCGAUGAAUGAAAAAAAGUCCAUGUUUCAUCACUGCACACCAGAGCAGGCGAGCGGAGGGAGAAAAUCAUUUCUGCUUGUGGAAAUGGGCAACGGAGAUGUGGAAUUCGAAACAUUUCUGAUCCCGGUCCAGCCACUGUUUACCCUGCAGUCAGGCUAUGACAUCAGAGCGAGGACUUUAUAAAAGUGCUUGUGCACAGAGCCAGGCAGCGAGCAAACAGUUACACAAGCUGAAAAUCUCAUUGUGGUGGAACACAUAAUGGACAGGCUGCUGAGAGACAAAAGGACUGGAGAGCUGGUGGCUUGGACACUGCUGUUUUACCUGAGCUCCCAGGUGUGCUGUCAGCAGUGUGGCAGCUCAUGUCAGUGCCAAGGUUCUGUACCAUCCUGUCCAGAAGGAGUUCCUCUCAUUCUCGAUGGGUGCCAGUGCUGCCAGGUGUGUGCCCGACAGCAGGGUGAGGUCUGCAGUGAGGUGUUUCCCUGUGAUGGUCAGCGUGGCCUGCAGUGUGACUACAGCGCCAGCUUUCCUGGAGAGCCGGGAGAGUGUGUCAGUCAGAAGGAGCUGGGUUGUGAGCUCAAUGGCGUCUCUUACCAGGAAGGUCAGGUAUUUCAGCCCUCCUGUUCUCUCCAGUGCCGAUGUUCGGGUGGAGGGGUGACCUGUGUGCCCCAGUGCCGUGAGGAUGUUCUCCUGCCCACGCCAGACUGCCCUCAUCCUCGAAGAGUUCAACCACCAGGAAAAUGCUGUAAAGAGUGGGUGUGUGAAAAUCUGGACAACACUGUGCUUCAGGACGCUCACAUAGCCUCCAAAAGUGACCAGACCUUGCCUGCUGACUCUGGAUACCAAACAAGAGCCGUUUCAAACUGUAUAGACCAAAGCUCAGAGUGGAGUGCUUGCUCGCGUACCUGCGGGUCUGGAAUAUCCAUACGGGUGUCCAACCAAAACCCAUCCUGUGUCUUGGAGAUGCAGAUGCGCUUGUGUAUGAUCCGACCCUGCCAGCCUGUCCUCCACAGAAGCCCACAGUGGUCAAGGAGGAAAUGUCAACCCAGCUACAGGUCAGCGACUCCAGUGCGGCUUUUCCACCAGGGCUGCUACAGCACACGGCUCUACAGGCCGCGUUAUUGUGGCUCAUGUACAGACAACCGUUGUUGUACACCAUACCAGACUGGCACGGCAAUGGUCACUUUCCGCUGCCCAGGAGGAAGACUGUUCAAUCAUGCUGUCAUGACUAUCAACUCCUGCAUCUGCCAUUACAACUGCCCCUAUUCAUCAAGAGGAACACCAUUCUGGGGUUAGGCACUCACUCUAAUAUAUAGGCUGACUCUGGAUCUAGUACCUUCAUAUUGAAUGCUGAGGUUUUAUAUGUUGCAUCAAGUGUUAAAUGGACUAUUUGUAGAAUUAAGAAACUAUUGCUAACAGCGACACCAGUGGCCGUUUAGUGAACUGCAGCAUACAUAUAACAAACAAAAGACUGAAUACGUUUCAAGAUAGCUCCGAUAUACUGAUUCUUUUCAUGCUUUGCUUAGAAGUAAAAUGAAAUUGGGAAUACCUUUCAGCAAUAUACAUAUACAAACAGCACUCUUUUCAACAUGAUGUUCAAAUAUGCACUUUCCUCUCAAUGGAAUAUAUGCACAGUGUUUUUCAGCCAAUGAUGAACUUCCGGUGAAAGCUUUAUAUCACUAUUUUAAAUUUCAUAGGGUUCCUUUUACAGCAUCGAUGUUGUAAUUUAAUUCAAAUAUAAUCAGCUAAAUAGACUUAAGCAUCCAUUUGGUUGUUAAAGCGUAAAACAAGAUAAAAGAUCAUUUAAGCGUAAGUGCUAUCAUUAGCAGCAGGCUAGCGCAGAAAUACCAUUGAAAAUACUGGGGUAAAAUUUAUUUUCCAUAUUUUAAAGACAUGACGAGGAAAAACUGAAUUUAAUGCAGUGCUUCUUGUUUGGUCUGAUAACAACUUUAUAUCGUAAAUCAGCCAGGCAGCGAAGUUUUUUUUUUAUCUUAAAUGCCGCAAAUUUGUAUGGGAUGACAAUUAACCAGAAACCCUGGGGCUGGCUGAUUGAAAUUAAAAGUCCGUAUGCAUAUUGCAAAAUAAACACAAUAGAAAAACGUGGUUAGCAAAGCAGCCAUUGAUACAACACUGCAGUUUUUCACCUUAAAAUAAUGUCUCAUAUUACUUCAAAUGAGGUGUUCUUAUUUGACAGUUCUGCCAGUUCAUAGAUAACAAAUUCAUGUUUAUUGGAGAGGGGUCUGGAUGCAGACUUGGUGCAGUUGCAAGGUGAGCUACAUGCAAUACUUUUUAAUGCCUAGCUCCAUCGAGUGCAUUGUAUGCAGUCUCAGCUUGCAAAUCCAAGUCUGCAUCCAGAUACUAUUGGAGAAAUGUGCUGCCUAUGAAGAAGCUUAACCAGUGACAGAAUCUCAACACCAGCUAUGUUUCCAUCCACUUAUUUUUAUGGUAUUUUAGAAUAUUGAAUAAAAAUGCUUAAUGGAAACACCAAAAUGCACAUACAUUUUUUAAAUUUGCAUAAAAACGUACUCUUUUAAUCUGAUAAUAAUUUUUUUUUAUAAACGACAAUGGAAAUUCUUUGCCAAAUAAAUUCCAGCAUGUGCAUCAUAAUUUUUUGUUAAACAGGUCAUGUUAUAGACAUGAUGAGACAGCAUUGAGACUGACCACACACAUCUAAAAUGUUGUUUUAGUCACUCUAAAAUCCCUUAGCCAAAGUCUGUCAUCAAAGUGGUUCUGUUUUAUUAUUUCCCAGAACUGUCUUGAGUGGCUGCGCUCCAAAACAGCGGUCUUGCGCUUCCAAAUGCCACCACGUUUAAUGCAUUUUGUCUUCUAAGGCACUGGUAAUUUAUUUCAUUUGAGCAAAUUAAAUUUUCCUUUUAGAUAUUUUGCAGCAGUUUCUCAGGAAGUGACAAUUUGGUUCUAUUUAACUCACUGAAUGGAGAACUUUAAAAAGGUUUUAUGCGAUAUUCCACUUUUGCCCAUAAAUCUAAUUUGUUUAUUUUGAUGGAAGCUUGGCUACUAGUAGCAGACAAUUGCACUUAUCUACCACAAGGGGGAGCCCUGAGCAAAUAAGUUACAUAGUGUUGC